GCGGCAUCCUCCUGCCUUGCCCUCCAGAACCUUACAUCAGUGAAACCCGGUGGAUUCGAUGGACUCCGAAAUGAUGGAGACGGAGACUCCCAUCGCCACCGCCACAGCAGCGCCGGUUAAUCCUUCCGGCGAUAUCCGAGAGCUCUUCGCAUUGGCCCGACAGCUCAUCAAUCAAGGCAAACCUUCCCAGGCCCUUCAAGUGGUGAUGGCAGCUGCCCGAAACCAAGGUGGAGACCAAGCAAUGUUCCAGUCACUGAGUCGUGCUCGUGAACUCUACAGAACCAGGCUACAAGAGAGCAGCAACUCCAUCGAUCAGCUGGCUACUCUGUUCGCGGAGUGUGCAAUUGCAGGAACCGAGUCUUCCCAAUCCGCCAAUGACCAUCCGAUGCAGCACAACCGAUGUAGCGAAUCCGGUGGCAUUGGACAGGAUGUUCAUGAGAACUCCAUACUUGCGGAAACCGGAAGAAAUCAGAUAGUCCUGGAUGCAUUUGCUGAUGGGAGCAGCUUCAUCUGCUUACAAUGUGGUGGUCUUGUUAGUGUGAAUCGCAGAGACGAGCACUUAACCUACUGGUGUGGCAACUGAUGAUAUAUACGAUCUCUGGCUUUUUCCUACUUCCCAGGAAUGAACCUUUACAAAGGGGCAAAGUUACAAUGACCUCUCUUCCUCUAUUACUGAAUCUGAUGCAUUACAUUGGCAUGUUGACUGCCUCUGCUUGAGAUUUCGGAGGCCCCUGAGCUGCCUUAAGAAUGGAGUGUAUAGAAUAGCAGGAAUGUGUCAACUUGUAUGCUAGUUGCAGCCCUUCUUGAGCAGCUGCUGGAACGCAGAAUUUGGGCUUGGAGUCCGUGUGUUUGUGUAUACCAUAGGCUACCUUCCAGGUACUUAAGUGCUUCAAAUUUUGCCAGUUCCUUUGGUUCUCUCUUUCCACUGAAGAUCCCUUCCCUAGGAUUUCUGUACAAAUAAGGACUUGAAGAGAUUUGUAGAGGUCCUGAAUUCCUCAUAAUAAUCUAUCGAAAAGAAUAUAUGGGUCAUGGCGUGUAUUCAGAUAAAAGUUUGGUUGUAAUUGG